AGGGGACCUAACAAAUCGACCAAAAGUGAAAACAGUCUUUCCUAGUAAUCCUCACGUUACAGGUGACGUGGCCGGGCCGGCUUCUCUUGUAGCCUCUAUCCUCCAAUAAUGGAGAGUGGCGAUGGUAUAUAUAAAAUGGAUUGUUUCCCAUAGAACUUAACUACAACUUCUGUACAUUUCUGGGAAUACUUGAGCGAAUGAACCAUGAUGCAAGAUUAAGUCAAUUAGAUGCAAUAUUGGAGCCUAAAAGAUUUCAGUACUAGCUCGUUUUCUGGACAACAAAAAAUGGCUGAUUCACAGAAUCGAUACUGCUUUGAGUUGAACACCGGAGCAAAGAUGCCGUUGCUUGGUCUUGGCACCUGGCAGUCCGAACCUGGCCUCGUCGGAAAAGCCAUCGAAACUGCCAUCAGGGUUGGAUACCGUCAUAUUGAUUGUGCCCAAAUAUAUCGCAAUGAAAAAGAGAUUGGUGAGGCUUUGAAGAAACUAUUUCAAGAGGGUGUUGUGAAGCGGGAGGAUAUGUGGAUUACUUCCAAAUUAUGGAAUGAAUAUCAUGCACCAGAAGACGUACCCGUGGCAUUUGAGAAAACCUUGAAUGAUUUGCAGCUUGAUUACCUCGACUUAUAUCUUGUUCACUGGCCUCUGCGCGCGAAGAAGGGAGCUGCUUUCGGCGCUCCUGAUUACCUUUUGCCAGCAGAUAUACCGAGUACAUGGAAAGCAAUGGAAGCACUCUAUGAUUCAGGCAAGGCUCGAGCUAUUGGAGUUAGUAAUUUCUCAACAAAAAAGCUGGGAGAUCUGUUGGAGAUAGCACGCAUUCCCCCUGCUGUCGACCAGGUGGAGUGCCAUCCAGUAUGGCAGCAGCACAAGCUGCGCGAAUUCUGUAAAACUAAGGGUGUUCACCUAUCGGGAUGGUCACCAUUGGGCUCCCCCGGAACAUCAUUUGUAAAAGGGAAUGUCCUGACACAUCCAGUUGUGACAAGUGUUGCAGAAAAACUGGGCAGAACUCCCGCACAGGUUGCCCUCCGAUGGGGUUUGCAGGCCGGACAUGGAGUACUUCCGAAAAGCACAAAUGAAAACAGAAUCAAGGAGAACUUUGAUAUCUUUGACUGGUCCAUUCCUGAUGAUUUGAUGGCCAAGUUCUCGGAAAUCAAGCAGGAACGAUUACUGAAAGGAGAAUUUUUCGUCUCUCCGAACGGAGUAGUAAACUCGGUGGAGGAACUAUGGGAUGGUGAAGUGUGAUGUGGUUAUGCGUAUGCAGCCGAUCUGUAGUUCUGCGGUUGCAUCUAUUCAUCGCAGAAGAAGUUCUAGUUGCUUGUUCCUCGUAUUCUUGUAAUCUUCAAUGUAAAGAAUAAUUUGUUUUGUAAUAAAACCAGAGUUUCUGGAGCAAAGGUAGGUCUCGACGUUUUUGGAUAGUGACUUCUUCUUUUGUUUUUGGUCUACAUUGAUAUAACUCAACCAGUCAAAUAUAUAUAUAUAUAUAUAAUAAUAAUAAUAAUAAUAAUAAUAAUAAUAA